AUGGGUGCAACAAUUAACUAUUAUCCUGAUUAUCAAUCUUUUUUGUCAGGCAUAGUGGCCUCUUGGACCUCGAUAUUCAUCAGCCAGCCUCUAGAUAUAAUCAAGGUUCGAAUGCAAAAUGUUGGCGGUUCUGUAAUAUUAACUAUUUCAAGCCUCUUGAAACAAGAGGGGUUUUUUGCGUUUUGGAAAGCGGUCUCCUCGCCGCUUGUUGGUUCAACAAUUACAAGCUCAUUGUCGCUUGGAAUUAAUGAAAAUAUUAAAAAAUACUUCAAAAACCCUUCAGACCAGACAGAGAGUUUAAAAAUUUGGCAACACACGCUGUGUGGAUCUAUUUCUGGCGUCUCGAAAACUUUUUUUUCAUGUCCAUUCGAGCAUGUGACUGUAAAACUUCAAGUUCAAGGAAAAAUCAGUCCUAGAGGCGACCCAAUAUACAAAAAUCCCAGAGACUGUUUUAUAUCAAUAUAUAUGCUAUUUUAUAUAAAAAAUUAUUUUUAUUUUUUUUUAAAUUUAAAUGUAUAAUUAAUGUAAAAAAGAAUAAAAAAUAUGGGAUAGUUGGGUUGUAUCGAGGAUUUAGCAUUUGUUUAUCCAGAGAUAUUUUUGGAUAUGGAAUAUUCUUCGCGGCAUAUCAAACUGCUGGCAAAAAGCUCUUUGGUGGGGAUAAUAUAGACACUCACCAACUACCCCUAUGGCAAAUCAUUAUGUGUGGAGGAAUUGCUGGGAUUGCAUAUUGGAUUGGGAUUUUUGGACUUGACGUUAUUAAAUCCAAAAUUCAGGCAGACUCUUUUGUAAACCCAAAAUAUAAAAAUAUAAAAGACUGUAUAAAAAUCACCUGGAACGAAGGUGGACUAGCUGGGCUGUCCAAAGGCUGAUUUCCAGCUAUUAUUCGGGCUUUCCCUUCUAAUGCAGCUUAUAUGGCUGGUUUUGAAGUGUGUAUGAAAGCCCUGGGGAGAGAUAAAUAA